AUGGCGGCAACGUCAGCCCCAUACAUCCCCGAGUCACCAGAAUCGCCCGUCAUCUCGCGCCUACCGCAUGUCAAAGUAACACCCCCGACCUCGCCCGGCGGAAGCGGCAAUAGCACGCAUCAGGCGCUGUUGGCGUUGACUGAUCCGACUCGGCCUGGGCAUCCCCGACAAACGUCCUCAUAUGCCUCGGACCACUAUUCGGAUCUGGAGGAAAGCGGCGGUGGAGGGGGAAGCGGUCAGAAAGCCGGCGGAGAAGGCAAUGGGUGGACAUGGAGCUGGUCAGGCCUCACAUCACCCACUUGGGCCCGGUCCGGCUCUGGCUCCAGCGGGGGUCGAGGUCGGUCAAGCCCAAAGCCACAACCACACACCGCCGGACUCAAGACACAUCAUCGCGAUCUGAGCUCGGAAGAGACAUUCGAGACGCCCAUGAACGAGCCUACGAAAAGGCUGAGGCAUGGGCGGCAGGGCAGCCUGAGUGCGAGGAUAGGCGAAGUGGGGGGAGGAAUGGUAGGGAUGGUCAAGCGGCGGAUGAGCGGUGUGGGGGGUGUGAGGCGGCUGAGUGGGGAAGGGAGGAGAGAUGGAGAGGGGGAGGGAAGGCUGGGUAAGGUGGGGAGAGCGGUAGAGAAGAGGGUGAGGGGGGUGGAGAAGGGGAAUUGGCCAUUUUUGAUCGUGUUCAUCGCAUGCCUCUUCAUCUUUGGGUCCGCCCUAGCGGGGCUAGGCUACCACCCACCACCUGACGUCCCCUCAACCUCUGCAGCAGGCUUCGAGCUCGGCAAGCCGGUCCAUGAGCCUGUGGAGCGAAGGAGCGAGGCGGAGAUUAUGGCGGAACGGAGGAAGAUGGAGGAGUUGUGGGGAAAGAUGAAGCGGCCGAAAGAUGGCGCGUGGAUGAAGAAGGGCCGAGAUGACGGGGCACGUCGCAGAGUCCAGGCUCAGACGACCGCCGAGGACGAACCCCAAGCCGUCCACACUGCCGUCCAGGACAGACCGGCACCCAUCGACCCGGCGAUCCGCGAGGCGGAGGCAGAGCGGGCGGCCGAAUAG